UCAUGGUAGUGCGUAUAAUCAUGAUAAUGUUGAAAAUUUUUGAAAAAUCAAAUGGCUGAUACGUUUUUUGACUUUGACACAUCCUUAAAUAAUGGUGACAACGUCCUUCCACCAGAUGAAGACGAGUGUUUGGAGAAUGAGGAGGAAUACGAUGCUUUGAACGAUGAGACAUUCGGGGAACUUGAGGAUGCUUCCAGUUUAGAAGAUUGGGAACGGCAGCAUGAACAGUUUGCUGAAAUUGCAGAGAGUACUAAACACUCGGAACAGAUAGAAAACUCCAUAUCACAACUAGUUUUAGAAAACUCGGAAGAUCCUUUAUCGUUAUCUAGUUCUGUUUGGUCUUAUACGCCUUCCAGUAAAAAUGGUGAUAUUUACAAUAGUUCCAGUAUACUCUCAUCUUUGCAGAAGGCAUCCAAAGCAUUCAUUGAGACCCACAGAGAUAACUCCUCAAAACCGAGCGUCAGCAUUAACCAGCAACUCAAUUCUUCUGCUCCUCUAACAUCCGCCUUACCCCAAAUAAGGAAAAUCUGUACGGUAGAAGAGUUAGAGAAAAAUCUUAUAAAGACAUCGAAGCAUGUUCCUCAACAGCAGACACCGCCUAGGCCGCUAUUGCCACCGCCGGGGCAUCAUCAAGGACAUCCCUACCACCCUAUGUUACAGCAUACCAUCCCGCCUCCGGGUCUAUCUCCCAUGGGUAUACCACCGCCCGGAUUGAGACACAUGUCGCCACAGAUGAACCCCCACCAGUCGCAUCACCACCCAAUCCUACCGCCGGGCCUUCUGAGAAUGAUGCCGCCUCAUCCGCAGUUCAUGCAAUCCAACGGUCCACCGAGACCGCCAAACUUCAUGUAUCCCGGGCACAAUCAGGGGCAGUUCCCGGUAAAUCACCCGUUUAACUUCCCGCCGCCUCCCCGCCACAUGAACAACAUUGCGGGCAACUGUCAGCAGCAGAGGAACCACCACAGCCCGCAGCAGCUGCCCCACCACCUCCAGCAGAACCAGCAGAAGGUGAGACGGGACAGCGGCGGUAGCAGACAGCAGCAGAAGGAGAACCAGGAACCGAGGGACGAAUACGCCGGGCUCAUGUCCAUGAAGGAGAAGCAGUGGCUGUUGAAUAUUCAGAUGUUGCAGUUGAACACCGGGACGCCCUAUUUCGACGACUAUUAUUAUACGAUAUUCAAGGAGAGGAAAUUAAAGAGCAACAAAGAAAACCUCGCCGGCGACAAGAACACGCCGUUUACCAACAAGAGACAGCACAGGAAUAGCGAUCGGCAAGAGAACCAAAAUACGUUGACACCGAGAGUCUACACUCCUUUACAGUUUGAGAAUUCUUUGGGAAAAUUGCAGUGUGGGUCGGUAACUGCGCCAAGAAAGAUCAUAGACAUGGACAUCGUCACGCCGGACAAGGACAACGACAGCCCCCAGGUGUCCCGGGAUACCAGAAAAACCAAACAGCUUUUGCUUGAACUGGAGGCUCUGUACGCAUUGCUGUUGAAGGCGGAGGAUAUAAGAAAUCCUCUGUAUAUUAGUAAUAUGGAGAAGUUGAGAGAAAUCAAACAAAAGCAAAGGUUAAGAGAAUUGGAACUGGCGCCAACACCGGAGCAAAAACAGGAAGUUUUAAGACUUUUCAAACUAGAGAGCGAACCUGUUGUGGAGAAUCAGAACGAUUAUAUCAUGAAAUUAGUCCAAGGGCUGUUGCAAGAGGACAAGUUUUCUAGUUUUCUUAAUAUUAGGAAAGGAAAGAUGCUGGUAUUGAGAUUGUUACCGCAUUUAACAACUGAAGCAUUUUCGUCUCAGUUACUAGAACUGUGGACUAGGGUCCUGCUUAGCUUGCCGAUAGUGGGUAGGAGAGAUACUGCCGGAGAUAACAUUUUACCGAAACUGUUUCCUUCUUUUAAAAAGUAUAUUCAAUCUAGUAAAAUGUCGGACUUGUUGGAAAUCGUUUCGGGACUGGUAGAGGUAGUCCGACAGGAAAACAACAGGAGUACGCCGUUGAGUCACGUCGGCAAAUCACCGUUGUAUUUUGUGGUACUCAAUAAGUUUGGCGUAUCGGCGCUGGUGACGAUGCUGAUAAGAACGGAAUAUCUGAUAUCGUCGGAUGCUGCCUCGGAGAAGCAGCUGAACGACUGGUCGAACUUCCUCAUAAGUUGGGCGCAACAGACGGAGGCAGCUAGCAAAAUCGCAGCGCCUCUGGAGUUGAUACCGUCGCAGAUUUUUACCAAACACUGCAAUCGAUUUAACAAUUUGAAAGCUGAUAAGAGGUCACUGUUAGAAAAACACUAUGUUGAUUCGAAAACUAAUUAAAAAAAAAAAUUCAAAACAAAAAACAUUAGAUAGGAAUUAAAGAUGUUUUAAUUUUUUUUGUAAACUAUUUAAUGUUCUUCUAACUUAUUCAUUUUUAUAUCAAAGUGUUGAAUUUUAAAUUUUGUUGAAUAGAUAAAGACUAUCUUAACGUCAGUUAUUUGUUAUCAGUUAACAAUAAUACGAUCGCAAGGUGUCAAAUAACAGCGGUAGAGUAAAAUAUUCGUACAUCAACGUGAUAUUAUAUAACGUUUUUUAAUAUAUUACAUAAGCAAAAAAAAAACUAUAAUUGUGUCUGGAUAUUUCACACUUUGCGAGGGCUGCUUUAGUAUGGCGUUUUAUGAAGUUAGGAAGUAGUGACUAUAAUAAAUUGUUUAUCUAACUUAUUUUUUAUUUGACGAAUGUUCAUUUUUGUACAAAAUAUAGAAACAAACAAAAUGUAUAUUUUUAAUAAUGUGUAAUUCAAAUGUAUUUGAUAUUUUUGUAUUGUGUUCGUCUCGGUUAAAUUAUCUAAUUCCGCAAUGAUUAAUUCUGUACCAUUGGCAAUUUUUAUUAGAUAUUUAAUUACGUCGUUUGAUUUUCUUUCAACUAAAGAAAUUUCUUCCUAGUGCAUGAUUUGAUAUGUUUGUAAGUGCAUUGGGAAAGCUAAGUGAUAAAUUUUAUAUGUAUCGUUUAUUUUUUAGUUUUAUUUUAAGAUAUCGAAAUAUGUUUGAAAGAUAUCGUUUAUAUUAUUAAUAUAAAGCUUUUUUCAAUUAGAUAGUCCUUGUCAACAAAUAUAAAUAAAAUAUAUUGACAGAAA